UGUCACGCUGCAUCCACAUGCUUUGUAGAUCUGUUUUUUUUUUUAUCGUGCUGUUGACACGCAGUCAUCACAAUCGUAUCCUGUCAUGUCCACGAUAAAGAACACACAAUCAUGUGAAUGAACAGUUUUUGUGUUUGAGGUACAUGUCCCGAGCAUGGCUUUGAACGAACGCUAUCGCUUUUUGGUGCUGUUUUUCAACUGCCUGCUGUCGUUUGGCUCCUACUUCUGCUUUGACAUCCCCAGUGUUCUGCAGGAUCAGUUUCAAGGGAACCUGACAUGUCCCAAUGCGACAGUGAUCAAUGGGACGGUGGACUGUGUGGUGGGCUUGGGGAUGACCCCUCAGCAGUACAAUCUUCUCUAUGCUAUCUGUGCAUGGACGAAUGCAGUAGUGGUGAUCCUAGCUGGAUUCCUUAUUGACAAAUUGGGAAACCGCUUCGGGGUAUUCCUCUUCUCUUUCUUGUGCGUUUCGGGUUCCUCUUUGUUCGCCCUUGGUUCCCACUUCAGAGGAACUCCAUACCUGCUGCCACUCAUGCUCACAGGACGAUUUCUGUUCGGAUCCGGCAACGGAUCUCUGACCAUUGUUCAGAAUUGCAUCACUGCCUUCUGGUUCAAGGGGAAAGAACUGGCCUUCGCUUUUGGGCUGACAUUAACGUUCUCUCGCUUGGGAUCUGUGCUCAACUUCUUCUUUACGCAAAGGUUUGAAGAAAGUUUUGGCUUGCAGUGGACCCUGUGGGGAGGGGCCUUCUUGUGUGUGUUGGGCUUUACGUCUGCCAUCAUAGUCAGCACUCUGGACAAGGUGGGAACGAGGCAGCUGGGUCUUGAUGGUGCCAUCCAGGAGGAGUCUCACAAAGUGAGAAUUCAGGAUGUAAAACUGCUGUCGCUAAGAUACUGGCUGCUGGUUCUCACCAUCAUGUUCUUUUACAAUGGAAUCUUCCCCUUUGUUGCUGAUGCCAGUAAGUUCAUUCAAGAUAAAUACAAUGGUUACACUCACAAGGAGGCUGCUUACAUCGCAGGGGCCGUUUACGACAGCUCACUCGUCCUCUCUGCUGGCAUUGGCUUUGUUAUAGAUUGCGUGGGUCUCCGUGGGAUUUUUGCCAUGUUCUGUGCCAUCCUCGCUCUGCCCGUGUUUGGACUUCUAGCCUUCACAUUUGUCCCUCCUCUUGUCUGCACUAUUUGGCUUGGAGUCAUUUAUCCUUGUGCUUCUGUGAGCAUGUGGUCGUCUCUACCUCUCCUCGUGCCACAAGCCACCAUCGGCACAGCUUGGGGCCUCGCAAGUUCAGUCCACAUGUUUGGGGUUGGCGUCUCCAACCUUGUCGUGGGGCAGAUUUUAGGCACCAAGCCCAGUGACGCUAAGAUUCCACUGUGGCGCUGGCAGAGGAUGAUGAUCUUCAUGUUGGCCAAUACCGUCGGCUGCAUCGUCACCUCAGCGCUGCUCAACAUCAUCGAUCACAGACAGGGUGGGACACUGAACAAGAGGACAACAAAAGCAGGACAGUAUGAGAGAGAGUCUGACAGAGAGACACUCAAAGAGGAAAGUGAGGAUGAGGGAGAUGAAGCACUCCCAUCCCACUCCAUCAACUCAUGACUUCUCAAGUUGGAACUUUUCUCUUCACCUCCUUUUUGAUAACAAUAUUUUAUAUCAAAACCAGAAUAAUGUGGUUGCUUCUGAGUAUUUUUAGAUUUUUUUUGUUGCUAUUUAUACUGAAUCAUAUUUUUACUUGUUUACUUAGAAAAUGUAAUCCUAUUGUAACAAUUUGCCUAUAUUACAGAAAAUAUUAAUGAAAAAAGCAACUUUUUAAAUGACUGACUAACUCAAUGUCUUUUACUUAACUAUUUAAUGAUAUGUUUUUAUUGUUUUUUGGCAUUAUCAAUGAUUUUAUUGUUGAAAAAACAGCUACAUUUGCAUCACUGUAACUCUUACUGUAUAUAAAUGUUUUUCAAACUUUUUUUUACAGUACCUUACCACUUCAUAAAUAUUUUGCUUUGCAAGUGCAAUGUUGUUCUCUUAUCUAAGUAUGAUUUGGUUCAAAUAUGAAAUGGAACCUUUGUGCCAUCAGUUUAAGAAUUAAUGCACAUAUGCAAGAUAUACAAUAGAUACAGUAUCUUGCAAAUUCAAAUAAUGACUAUAUACAUUAAGGGGAAAAACAGUAGUGUAUGUAGUAAUAUAUUUUUAUCAUGUGUGCACAUAAUUAUUAUUAUUAUUAUUAUUGUCAUUAUUAUUAUUAUUAUUAUUAUUAUUAUUAUUCCAGUGUGUAUGUGCUUUAAUGUUGUAAUUAUACAGUAUUUUCACCAUUAUUUUUAUACAUAGCAACCACUAGGCGAAGCCAUGACGUUUGUUUAAACCAGGGCUAUUCAAAGUAUGGCAUAGUGAGCCUCCCCUGAAAGAACAUAAUUCAUUUGGGGCCUCCCCUGGAGGAGUUUUCCGCUCAUCUCUUCUAAUGUUACCCUCUCAUUAUAGGGACUAAAAAUCAAUUGCUUUUGCCUUUAAACAUAACUGACAAUAGCUUAGGAGGUUUGACAGCAAUAUUUUCUUAAUUUUUCUAAAGCUGCCGAAAUCUUAGCGUGGCCCUGAGGGGAGCAGUGCCUCGCAGUUUGAAAGCCCCUGGAUUAAAACUUAUAAGACUGCAAAAAAUGCAGAGGUUACAUCUCCUUGUUUUUUGAUGGCUGCUCAUCAGGCUGUUUACACGACAUCCAUCACGCUGUAUCACUUCAAGUGAAUA